AAAAAUUGCGGGAAAUAAAAAAAAACGAAACAAAAACAAACAUGGAUAUGUCAGGGUUUGAAAGUGAUAACAUGAAAAACUGCAUGAUAGAAUCUUGUCUACCUGACUGUGUAAAAACAGAGCCGUGCUGGUUAGGAAUUGAUGAGGCGGGUAGAGGCCCAGUGCUUGGUCCCAUGGUGUAUGGAAUUUGUUUUAGUCCCCUCUCACUUCGAGAAAAAUUUGGAGAAAUGGGUUUCGCUGAUUCAAAGACUUUAACAGAAACAGAACGUGAAGGAAUAUUUGAGAAAAUCUGUGCUGCCUCGGACAUGAUGGGUUGGAUCGUUGAACUGUUAUCCCCAACAUUCAUAUCAAAUGGAAUGCUUGGAAGGUCAAAAUACAACUUAAAUGCAAUAUCGCAUGACUGUGCAAUACGUCUGAUACAACGAGCCCUGGAUGUUGGUGCAAAUAUUGCAGAGGUUUAUGUUGACACAGUGGGGGACCCAGCAAAAUAUCAGGCCAAGUUAAAGAGUCUUUUCCCAAACAUUGAGGUCACAGUAGCCAAGAAAGCUGAUGCACUGUACCCCAUAGUCAGUGCUGCUAGUAUAUGUGCAAAGGUCUGUAGAGACCGAGCCUUAUCUAAGUGGAAAUUUCAGGAGGAGAUAACUGUUGAUGAAGAGGGUUACGGAAGUGGUUACCCGGGAGAUCCAAAAACCAAGAAGUUUUUGUCAGAUAGCAUGGACAAAGUUUUUGGGUUUCCACAGUUUGUUCGCUUCGGAUGGUCAACAGCUGCAGUAAUGGUUCAAAAAAGUUGUGUUCAGGUUCAAUGGGAAGACGAUGAAGAAGACGAAGAAAAAGAUUCUGUUAAGUUAACAUCUUUCUUUCAAAAGAAAGGUCAUGACCCAAAACUAGAUAGACAUUCAUACUUCAAGGACAGGUGCCUUGGCUCUGUAGAAUCAUUUUGAUUAUUGUUUAUGUAAAUAUCA